UCUCUGCACGGAUACAAAAAUUGGCCAAGAGUACCGUGGGACUCCGUAUUAAUCACUCUCGCCGAGGAAAAGGCGGCCCAAAAUAAAUGAGUGAGGAGAGCAGGAGGUGAGGGGAGAAGAGGCGGCUAGCAAGCAGCCCUAGCAGUAGUGUAGCGCGCUAGAGAGGUUCUUGAGUGCCGCUUGCGUGCCUGAGGCAUGGCGACGUUGCUCCUUCGCCUGGGUGCCGCCGCCAUUGCGCUGCUCGUCGCCCUACCGUGUCUUGCAGAAGCUUACGAUCCUCUUGAUCCAAAUGGGAACAUCACCAUCAAAUGGGAUAUCAUUCAGUGGACUUCAGAUGGCUAUGUUGCUGUGGUUUCCAUAUACAAUUACCAGAAGUACCGCCAUAUCCAGGCACCUGGGUGGCAUCUUGGGUGGGUUUGGGCAAAGAAGGAGAUCAUCUGGACAAUGACCGGUGGGCAGGCCACAGAGCAGGGUGAUUGCUCUCAAUUCAAAGGCGAUAUACCGCACUGCUGCAAGAGGGAUCCAACAACUGUUGACUUACUUCCAGGUGCGCCUUACAAUAUGCAGGUUGCAAAUUGUUGCAAAGGAGGAGUGCUUACCUCAUGGGUGCAAGACCCAGUCAGUGCAGUAGCAUCAUUCCAGAUCAGUGUUGGCCGGUCAGGUACUAACAAUAAGACAGUGAAAGCUCCGAAAAACUUCACUCUAAAGGCCCCAGGUCCAGGGUAUACUUGUGGAGUAGCCGAAAAUGUAAAACUUCCUACUAAAUUCAUUUCGCUGGAUGGGAGGAGAACAACACAAGCCCAUGUGACUUGGAGUGUGACAUGUACAUAUUCACAGUUCGUUGCUCAAAGAGCUCCAACUUGUUGUGUUUCACUCUCAUCGUUUUAUAAUGAAACGAUAAUUAACUGCCCAAAAUGUUCAUGUGGCUGCCAUAAUAACAUAACCAAACCUGGGAGUUGUGUGGAGGGCAAUUCUCCUUAUUUGGUUUCUGUGGUGAAUGGACCUGGUAAGGGCAGCUCAAUUCCUCUAGUACAAUGCUCGUCCCAUAUGUGCCCAAUAAGGGUGCACUGGCAUGUCAAGUUCAACUACAGAGACUACUGGAGGGUGAAGAUCACCAUUACAAAUUGGAAUUACCGGAUGAACUACUCACAGUGGAACUUAGUAGUUCAACACCCAAAUUUUGACAAUAUCACUACUAUUUUCAGCUUUAACUACAAAGCUUUAAACCCCUUUGGAGUAAUAAAUGAUACCGCAAUGUUGUGGGGUAUCAAGUACUAUAAUGACCUUCUCAUGGUAGCUGGGCCAGAUGGUAAUGUGCAAUCCGAGCUUCUAUUCCGGAAGGAACCAUCAACAUUCACUUUGGGGAAAGGUUGGGCCUUUCCAAGGCGCAUAUACUUCAACGGUGAAAGUUGUGUCAUGCCUCCACCAGAUUCAUACCCAUGGCUACCAAACUCCUCUCCUAGAUUGAAGAAGACCGCGUUCCUUAUUCUGUCCAUUAUUGUCUGUGCAAUGCUGGCGUUCUUGCACAACCAUCUCGUUUUAGAUAAGUAUUGUGGCAACAAGUGCUGACCACAUUGGGGCCUUGGCUGCUGACAUGUAGAGUGUAAUGUUUCAAGGAAAGCUGACCUGGGUGUGUUGUAGGAUGUAAGCUUAGGCUCCUUAGGUUCAUUCACCUUGUACAUUCCUAUGAUUUGUAUGCUUGGUCUGAACAUUAGGGAGAGAAUGCCAAUACAAUUUAUCUAGAGAUUUGGUUGCCAUCUGA